AUGGGAGCCCCCAAUCUCAAACAAAUCUAUCUCUUCCUCUACAAUGCUGUCCAAUUCUCGAUCCACCUCUUCCUUUUUUAUUACGUCAUCGCCACUUACAUCCAAGGUUCCUACAAAUGGGAGGAUUUUGCCGGGCUUUUGAAGAUUGGAACGGCCGCUCAGCUGAUGGACAUUCCGCAUUCACUUUUGGGCUUGACCGCUACGAGUAUUCCGGCCUGCUUGACUCAGGUGCUUGGCCGUCUCACAAUUCUGUAUUUGGUUGAAGGAAACCCGAACCGUCACGAUGCAUUCUCAACGAUUCUCUUACUCUUUGCAUAUAUGGGAGUGGAGCUGUUUAGAUACCCAUUCUACGCCGUCAAAUCGCUUGGUCACGAGAUUCCGAUCCUCACCUGGUUGCGCUAUUCAGUGUGGAUGUUUUUCUACCCUCUUGGACUAUCGAUGGAAGCUGUGACAAUGCUGACCUCCGUCCCAUACUACUACAACUCAGGCCGCUAUUCCCUGCCCAUGCCAAAUGCCCUUAACUUCGGCUUCAACAUGGGGGUGUUCCUCGUACUCUUUGUCGCCACGUGCUUCUGGCCGAUUUCCCUCUUUUUAAUGGGCCAUAUGAAUGCUCAGCGGAAAAAGAAAUUGUUUGGGAAGCCGAAAGUGAAU